AUGCAAGGAGGUGGUAGAGAUCCUUUCAACUCUGGUGGUGGCCCUUCCGGUGGUUUUGGAGGCGGUUUUGGUAGCGGUAUGGGAGGAGGUUUUGGUGGAGGUUUCGGAGGCUCUUUCGGUGAAGGCGGUUUUGGUGGCUCUUUUAGUGGCCCUUUUGGUGGAGGCGGUUUUGGUGGCUCUUUUGGUGGCUCUAAUGGUCCUCCUAAUAUGAUGUCUAAUUUUUUCGGAGGAAGGAAUCCGUUUGAUGACCCAUUUUUCAGCCAGCCAUUUGGUGGAAUGUUACAGCCGAACUUCUUUGGUCAAGGCAUGGAUCCUUUUGCAGGAAUGCAUCAUCGUCCGCAGGGCAAUCAGCCGCCGCAGCCGAGAAGAUCAAGUGGACCGGUUAUUGAAGAGAUUGAUUCAGAUGAUGAGAAAGAUGGAGAAGGAGAAGGAGAUGAAGAGAAGAAAGUAAGUCUAGGGAAACAUGGCAGGUCAAGCACUGAGGCUGAAACUGAAGAUGCUAGAGCCGAAGGGAGAAGGAACAGACAAGUACAAAGCAUGAAUGUGAAUGCUAUGGUAAACAAUGGACAAUGGCAACCACAAACUCGUAGCUAUAGUUUCCAGAGUUCGACUGUGACAUACGGUGGCCAAAACGGAAACUACUAUACUUCAUCGAAGACGAGAAGAACAGGAAGUGAUGGGUUAACACUUGAAGAGAGCAAAGAAGCCAAUACUGCAACGAGAGAAGCAGCCCACAAGAUCUCAAGAGGCCUUCAUAACAAGGGCCACACGGUUGCACGGAAACUUAAGUCAGAUGGUCGGGUUGAUACAACACAGACCUUGCACAAUUUAGACGAAGAUGAGUUGGCUGAUUUUGAGCAGUCUUGGAGUGGAAAUGCUAGAAUGCAGUUACCUGGCCGGUCUGGUUCCUUUGGCAGUGGUAUUGUAAACAGAGAUCAAACAAUGUUGCCUCCCGCGACUGAUCCAAGUCCUUCUCGUGCACGAGGAGAGUCAUCCAGAAGAACAAAAGGUGCCAUGAAUGUAAGAGAAGGACAUGGCAGAAACUAA